AUGUUGACUACUACACCAGUGUUGGCGUUACCCGAGCCAGGGAAGCCUUACAUGGUGUAUACAGAUGCUUCAGGCAUUGGUCUUGGUUGUGUGCUGAUGCAGGAGGGCAGAGUGAUAGCAUAUGCUUCGAGACAGUGGCAGGGCAGUGAGCGUAACCGUCCUACACAUGACUUAGAGUUGGGAGCAGUGAUCUUCGCGUUGAAGAUUUGGAGGUCUUACUUGCUAGGUGAGACAGUACAGGUCUUCACGGAUCACAAGAGUUUGCAGCAUAUCUUCACUCAGCCGAUGAUGAACGCGAGACAGACGCGCUGGGUUGAGUUCUUGGCGGAUUAUCAGGUGAGCAUUAACUACCAUCCGGGCAAGGCUAACCUAGUGGCGGACGCGUUGAAGCCUUUGGGUUUAGAGGCAGUGGAUCAGGCGGAUCUACUUAGCAGGAUCAGAGUUGCUCAGCAGAGUGAUCAGAGUUUGCUAGAUGCGACGAGAGUGACUGGUUCUGAGUAUGAGGUCUCUGCGAAUGGGACUAUCUUGGUUCGUGGGCGAGUUUGUGUGCCUAAGGAUGUGGAGUUGAGACAUCAGAUUUUGGGAGAGGCUCACGCGAGCAAGUUUUCCAUUCAUCCGGGAGCGACCAAGAUGUACCAUGACCUCAAGAGGUACUAUCAUUGGGUCGGGAUGAAGAGGGAUGUAGCAGACUGGGUUGCGAAGUGCAACACUUGUGCCUUGGUGAAGGCAGAGCAUCAGGUUCCGGGUGGUCUUUUGCAGAGUUUACCCAUUCCAGAGUGGAAGUGGGACAGGAUUACGAUGGAUUUCGUGGUUGGACUACCUGUUUCGAGGACUUUCGAUGCUAUCUGGGUGAUUGUGGAUCGGUUGACUAAGUCCGCACAUUUCUUGGCCAUCAAGAAGACAGAUGGAGCUGCUGUCUUGGCUAGGAAGUUUGUGCGAGAGAUUGUGAGGCUGCAUGGAGUGCCAGCUAGUAUUGUGUCAGACCGUGAUCCCAGAUUCACUUCAGAGUUUUGGAGGGCGUUUCAGGCAGAGAUGGGCACUAAGGUGCAUCUGAGUACAGCUUAUCAUCCGCAGACAGAUGGUCAGUCAGAGAGGACUAUUCAGACUUUGGAGGAUUUGCUGAGGAUGUGUGUGUUGGAUUGGGGUGGCCAUUGGGCAGAUCACCUGAGCUUAGUUGAGUUUGCAUACAACAACAGCUUUCAGGCGAGUAUUGGCAUGGCUCCAUUUGAGGCUUUGUAUGGGAGGCCAUGUAGGACACCCCUAUGCUGGACCCAAGUGGGGGAGCGCAGCAUGUAUGGAGCUACUUAUGUUCAGGAGACGACAGAGAAGGUUCGUGUUGUGAGGCUGAACAUGAAGGAGGCUCAGGAUAGGCAGAAGAGUUAUGCAGAUAGACGCAGACGAGAGCUUGAGUUUCAGGUGGAGAUAGAGUUUAUCUCAAGAUGGCUAUGUUGA